AUCUUGACCCCUCCGUAUCCAGCUCCUGCCGCGCCCCCUCCCUCGUCGCUCCGUUCAGGGGGGUAGGUGAGCCGCUCCGCAGUAUAAAGCCUCCACGGGCUCGAGGAGCAGCAUCGCUAAACCCUUCUCGAGGGAGGUGAAGAGCGACCCGGCAGAAGCGGGGAAUAGAGCCCACGCCACGUACGAGCCUGGCGAGGGAAGGGAAGGGAAGGGAAGGGAAGGGAAGGGGGAAUUAUAAUAAGGGGGAAGUAAGCGGGGCAGUUCCCUGGCUGGCAGGGCUGCGGGAUGCGGGACGCGGGAUGCGCCGAGCAGCAGCAGCGAGCGCUGACACUGAUUAUAUAAACACGAGAGCACAACAGGAAAGCGGGAUAAUAAUUACUUUGCCUAAAGACGACAACAGCAAUGAAGAGGAAUUAAAAGCAAGGGCAGCGCGCAGCCAUGCCCAUGGUGGAGCGCCUACAACGCAGUGACUGACCGGUCCCAGCCAGGCUGCCAGCUAUUCAUUCAGGCUUGGCUCUACCCUGUCUCUGCCCUAGUCUACAGUCUGCCAAGUGCCCCGAUGAGUACAGCUGCAUAUGGCCUGUAUCCAUGAGCCCCGAGCUGCCUCACCCUCCCUCUCAGGAUUCAGCACGCCACUGUCCGAACCUCCGUUUCGCCGCCUCGACACUGACAGCCCUGCCUGCACUCCGGAGACAGACCUAACACCCACCCAGUGUGUUCUGCGCAAUGUGCUGUCGAUCGACACAGGGGAUGCUGUGGUUCCGGGCGGAGGUGGUGGGCCGAUGUCGGGACACAGCCCGACGCCCAGCGAUGAGCCUCCUGAACACUUUGCCAACAGUGUGCUGAAGCUGCAUGAGAAUGAAAGUAGCCCAGGUGGGGCAGGGGAGGAGUCUGGGCGGAAUGCAGAAGGCGGGGCAGUUCGCAGCCAAUCCGGCGACGUAAGGCUGCAGUGUCAGUCAGGUGGUGGUGGCUUUCUGGAGGGACUUUUUGGAUGCCUAAAGCCUGUCUGGACUAUGAUUGGCAAGGCUUAUUCAACUGAGCACAAGCACAAUCAGGAAGAGGUGUGGGAGGUUCCCUUCGAGGAGAUCUCAGAUCUGCAGUGGGUGGGCAGUGGGGCGCAAGGCGCCGUGUUCCUGGGAAAAUUUCACGGAGAGGAGGUGGCUGUCAAGAAGGUUCGCGACAUCAAGGAGACAGAUAUCAAACACCUGCGAAAACUAAAGCACCCCAACAUCAUCACCUUCAAGGGCAUAUGCACCCAGGCACCAUGCUACUGCAUUAUAAUGGAGUACUGUGCCCAGGGUCAGCUCUACGAAGUCCUGCGAGCCGGCCGCAAGAUCACACCCUCCCUGCUCGUGGAUUGGUCCAUGGGCAUCGCGGGUGGCAUGAACUACCUGCACCUCCACAAGAUUAUCCACCGAGACCUCAAGUCCCCAAACAUGUUGAUCACCUAUGAUGACCUGGUGAAGAUCUCUGAUUUUGGCACCUCCAAGGAGCUGAGUGACAAGAGUACCAAGAUGUCUUUCGCAGGCACAGUGGCCUGGAUGGCUCCUGAGGUUAUCAGGAAUGAGCCGGUCUCAGAGAAAGUGGACAUCUGGUCGUUUGGGGUGGUGUUAUGGGAGAUGCUGACAGGGGAGGUGCCUUACAAGGAUGUGGAUUCGUCUGCAAUAAUCUGGGGAGUGGGUAACAACAGCCUCCAGCUGCCCAUCCCUGAGAGCUGCCCUGAUGGCUUCAAGAUCCUUCUUCGCCAGUGCUGGAACACCAAGCCCAGAAACAGACCCUCCUUCCGCCAGAUUUUGCUUCACCUUGACAUUGCUUCUGCAGAUGUUUUGUCCACCCCACAAGAAACCUACUUCAAAUCUCAGGCUGAGUGGCGUGAAGAGGUAAAGCAGCACUUUGAAAAGAUCAAGUCUGAGGGUACCUGUCUGCACCGCCUGGAUGAGGAACUCAUUAAACGGCGUAGAGAGGAGCUGAGGCAUGCUUUGGACAUCCGGGAGCAUUACGAGAGGAAGCUGGAGAGGGCGAACAAUCUGUACAUGGAGCUCAAUGCAGUCAUGCUGCAGCUGGAGCUCAAGGAGAAGGAGUUGCUCAGGAGGGAGCAAUCUCUGGAGAAAAAAUACCCUGGGUUUUUCAAGCAUCACGGCUCCAAGCAAAGUGGCUCCUCAAACUCUGUGGAGAAGCUCAUCAAGAAACGCAACAUUCCCCAGAAACUACCUAGUAAGAGGCCUGACAUUCUGAAGUCUGAAGUGAUCUUGCCCAAGCUGGAUUCUUCCAUUACCCAGGUGACCAUCCCCUCCUGUCCAAACAAGGGUUCCACCUCGCCGGGCCGCUCCCGCCGUGGGAAGCAGCGCUAUCGCAAGGCUGGCAAGGGCAGCAGUGGAGACUUAUCAGGGCUAAAGGCCACACUAUCCUCCUCUUGUCGUGACACCUCCACCACUGGCAGCAGCGUCACACCCACAAAGCAGCACCUGGACCCCAGCGCAGCUCUGCGGGGCCUGCAGCAUGAUCUGUUACUGAAGAAGAUGUCCUCCUCCAGUCCUGACCUCAUCUCCACCACACUGGAGGCAGAGGGCUGCAGCAAAGGGGAUUCUGCUGGGCGGGAAAGAGGCGGCAGCUUGAGUGCUGCCUCUGGACUGGGAGCAGGAGGCACAGGGUCAGAAGAAGGAGCAGAGGUGGGAGGCGGCGCAGAUGACCUCGUGGAGACGCCACCCCGCAGUGACACACCCAGUGAGGAUGCUGCCUCCAUCCCCUUUUCCAGCAGCCCGGAUUCCCCCUGCGGGAGGGGAGCAGCAGCAGGCCGUAACUCUGUACUGGGAGCUCCUCGUCUGCCCCAGGAGGGAGAAGACAAGGAGGAAGGAGUUGGCAUCAGCCGCUCAUCCAGGGGGAUUCCUGGAGGCAGUGGAAGUCAGCACCUCACUCCUGCGGCCAUCCUCUACAGAGCAGCUGUCACACGCAAACAGAAGCGAGGAGUGUCUUCAGAGGAGGAGGAAGGAGAAGUUGACAGCGAGGUAGAGUUGCCACGGAGACGGCGACCAGUCAGCAUGAGCAAAUGCCAGUCCCUGUCCACCUUCAGCUCGGAGAACCUCUCAGUUUCGGACGGCGAAGAAGGCAACACCAGCGACCACUCUCACAGCGGCACUCCGGACGUGGUGAGCACCAACACAGACGAGCGGCUCGACGACAAGAGCGACGACCUCCUAUCGCAGGGUUCUGAGAUCACGGCAGACGCGGCACAGGCCUCAGACGGCCUGUCCGAGAAGGAAGCAGCUCUCCGCCAAGUGAAGACGCAGCUCAGCGCUGAGCAAAACGGUUACGAGCAUCAGCCCACGUACGAUGACUCGGACUGUGACAGUGCAGAGCUGGACCACUCAGGCAGCGCCGAGCCCAGUCGCCCUCCAAGCUCUGGUGCCUGGUAAAAACCCAGCCUUGCAAAAAUACCUAACCUCAAUCACACACCAAGCCCCCCUGCUAUAAUAAGUCAAACUACGCUGAGCGCUUGUAUCCUGCUCAAGAUGUCAAGAUUCAUUCACCACAUGCACAUGUCCCUCCCCACGAGCGUAUCGAACAUACAUUUUUUAUUCACUGUCAUGUUUAACAAAGCGGAUGUCUCAACGGCCAGUUCUGCGGACUUAAAAGCGAGAAUGAGUGAGUCCGGUGCAAUUUCAGUUGAAACCAGCAAGGAGAGAAUAUACCCGAACAAAGAUGCAAGGAAAAUGCAGUGAACAAAAUGCAUAUUUUUACAGGUGAUUUCAUAUUUCUUUAGUGUCAUGGACUUGUCACUGACUUGAAUUUCUUUUCUUUCUUCUGUUGUUUUUGAGCUUUUGUCUGUAUAGUGAAAUAUUGCCUCUGAAUCUUAUUUUUGUAAAAUCAGAAAGAGGGACUGGAGGAAGAAGCAUGGAGAAGCAAAAGAGAAAUUUAUACUCAUCUUAAGUUAUGACUGUGAGGGAGCACAGAUUGCGCAGCCUGAAAUCAUGUUUAUCUUUUCGUUCCUUUACUCUUGUUUUUUAAAGUUUACAAAUAUAUUUUAUAUCAGGGAUUGUGUUGCCAUUUUUACAUUCUGUAUUUUAAAUGAUUAUGUAAAUAUCUGUCUUUACAAUGUACAGUGGAAGUUUUGGUUACAUAAAAUCUGACACUGUAAAAUACAUUGGUGCUGACAUUUUCAACAGGAAGGAGUAAUUGUACAUUGCCAGUAUAUCAGGUGCUGUUACUGUCAUGAAAUAUCAGAAACAAUACCUUUAAACAGAAUAGAUCCCCGCCUGUCCCACUUCAACAACUUACAGCUAUUUAUCAAAGUGUGUUUACUGAAUACUGCGUGGGCUAUUCAUUGGAUUUUGGGUGCUCUUGAAUAAACAAACAAAUUCCCAACAAAUAUUUCAAAACCAAGGAUACACAAAAUGCAACAGAAAGUGUACAGAUAAAGCAUGCUUGUAAUAUAGUAUGUGUAAUUAAGAUUGUAUUUUGAUGUCGAUCCUGAGGCAUUUGGGUUUAUACACUAAAAACAUAAUGUUAUUGCUCCAAAAAUCUUCAACUUUCAAUAAAAAAUUCUAGAUGUUGGUAAAACACUUCAUCUGUCUCUUUUAAGAUCCAAAACUCUACAUAUGAACAGCUUCCAUUUUAUAAAAUUAAAUGCUCAGAUGAACACUCAACCUUCUAUGAAAUCUGCAGUUUUUUUUUAUAUAAAUGGCAGCUUGUAUUUAUUAAAGGUUGAUAAGCAUGAUGUUAAAUUUUACAGAUGCAUAGAUUUAUAUGUAACCUAUUACAUUACAUUUUGUUCCCUCAAAGGUGAAUCCAAUGAUGAAAUCACAUUACCACUUUCAUGAAAUCACACACAUUCUAGAAGCCUCUAAUUGCCAAUACAGCAAUAUAACACUGCCCCCAGUUGACUGAAAGUGGCACUUUUAAGUUUCAUAUGCUGGGAAUCCAAAUACCCAUUUUGACUGUUUUUUUUAUAUCGCAUAACAUAUUGUAUCUGUACUAUAGAAUGUAUUUAAAAGAAAAACUAAGAAUAAUUAAA